UCAGUCAGCGAUCGCGAGCGGCGGGUGAUGUAGAGGACAGCAAUGUUUAUUCUAGGAUUUUGUAUGUAACACCAAACAUGGAUGAAACUAUUCGACACCAUAAUCCUAACCCUUUGCUCACGGCAAAUCCAAUAUCUAAGGUUUUCUUUUGGUGGCUUAACCCAACUUUCUCAACAGGAUAUAAGAGGAGAUUGGAAGUAGACGAUUUGUUUAAUGUUGUAAAGUGUGACUCAUCAGAAGAGCUUGGAAACAGACUAGAAAAAGAAUGGGAGAAGGAACUGAAGAAGCAGGAGAGUGGAGGAAAGGCCAGCCUGCUGAAGGCUCUCGUUCGUAUGUUUGGUUUCCAGUAUAUGCUCCUGGGGAUCAUCGUGUUUAUAGAGGAAGGAACGAAGGUAGUGCAGCCGUUAUUACUUGGGCAGUUGAUACGAUAUUUCACGCCUGAUUCCACCGUCAGUGAGAGGGAUGCCUACCUCUAUGCCAUGGGGGUCAGUCUGUGUGCUAUUGUGCUGGCCGUGGCCCAUCAUCCUUAUUUCUUUGGGGUACAAAGGAUUGGAAUGCAGAUGAGAGUUGCGUGUUGUUCCCUUUUAUACAGAAAGUCGCUGCGGUUAAGUAACACAGCCUUGGGUCAAACAACAACUGGUCAAAUUGUCAAUCUAAUGUCAAACGAUGUCAACAGAUUUGAUACAGCGGUUUUGUUCCUCCACUUCCUGUUGAUCGGUCCAUGUCAGGUGAUCGCCGUCCUGGUCAUCCUGUGGCUCCUCAUGGGACCAUCGUCGAUUGCAGGAAUCGGCCUCCUUCUCAUCAUCAUCCCUUCACAAAGCAUAAUGGGCAAAUUAUUUACAAAAUUGAGACACAAAACAGCCAUUCACACAGAUGAAAGAGUGAAAGUAAUGAAUGAAAUAAUCACUGGAAUGCGGGUUAUCAAGAUGUAUUGUUGGGAGAAACCGUUUGGUGAACUUGUCAGCAAGUUACGCAAUUUAGAAAUGCGUCGUGUGAGGUCAACCCAGAACACACGCAGCCUCAUUGUGGGGCCGUUUUUUACGUCCAGCAAGUUGCUUGUAUUUCUGACAUUCCUGCCCUUCACCUUGACUGGUCAUCCACUCGUGUCAGAUGUGACUUUUGUUACCAUCGCAAUGUACCAAGCCAUACACGUGUCCACAGUCUUGUUCAUCCCCCAAGGUGUCCAGUUUGCCACAGAAUGUAGAGUAACAGUGAUACGGUUACAGAAAUUCCUACUUCUUGAUGAACUGAAAGUGGAGAGGCCCAUUACGGGUAUCCGUCCACAGAUCCGAGAUUGUAUGGUCAAAAUUGACAACAUCACAGCCAACUGGGAUGAGAAAAUUGAGCAGCCGACGUUGAAGAACAUAUCUGUGGAGGUCGGACAUGGCAAACUGCUGGCAGUGAUAGGCCCAGUGGGUGCUGGCAAGUCUUCAUUACUCAUGAGCGUUCUCAAGGAAAUUCCACUGUCAGAGGGCAAGGUGACGGUCAAAGGUCGCAUUGCCUAUGUAUCCCAGCAGGCCUGGGUAUUUUCAGCAAGUCUGCGACAGAAUAUCGUGUUUGGGGGUGUAUUUGACAACAAAAAGUACAACAGAGUGCUGAAGGCUUGUGCUCUUCACAAGGACAUGGACAUGAUGCCCCAGGGUGACAGUACCCUGAUUGGUGACCGAGGGGUCAGUCUGAGUGGAGGUCAGAGGGCGAGGGUUAGCCUGGCACGUGCUCUGUACAUGGACGCAGAUGUCUACCUGUUAGAUGACCCCCUCAGUGCUGUAGAUGCUGCUGUUAGUCGCCAUCUGUUCGAAAAUGUAAUACAGGGGGUGUUGAAGUCCAAGCCCGUUAUCCUAGUCACACAUCAGCUACAGUUCCUAGCCGAGGCUGAUGAGCUCAUCAUACUGAAGGAUGGGGAGUGUGUAGGCCAGGGGACGUUCGAAGAGAUGGCAUCUUCAGGGGUGGAUUUUUCCUCGCUGCUUAAGACAGAAAAGGAUGAUGAGGAAGAUAAUGAAGAGGAACAACACAUACUACAGCGUCUUGACUCGCAUAUUUCCUCCCGCUCGCCUGGUCCCAGUGACAUUGGCUCAACAUUCUCUCUCACUUCUAUUGGCACAGAGUUCCAGCCGGAGCCUGUCCAGCUCCCCGAGGAGGAGGAGAGAAAGGGGGGAACUAUUGGAUGGAAGGUUUACUUUGAAUACUUCAAGGCUGGCUCUGGGGUUUUCUCUUUCACCAUCUUAGUUCUGCUGAAUCUGCUGGCACAGGUUUCCUAUGUCAUGAGUGACUGGUGGCUUUCUAUAUGGUCAAACCAGGAGGAGCAUCGACAUUACAUGAUACAGCAGGAUCAGGCCCUGCGUGACCUGGGACACAACAUUACCAACAUCACCAUUCCUUACGUGGAUACGCAUCAGAACAUCUACAUAUUCACCGGGAUCAUUGUGGCUGUCUUCCUCUUCGGUAUCCUACGAGCCCUCAUGUUCUUCAAGGUCGCUGUAGAUGCUUCCAUGAAUCUCCACAAUGGCAUGUUUAACAGACUCCUACGUGUGCCUAUUGCCUUCUUUGAUACCAAUCCAGUUGGACGUAUCCUGAACAGGUUUUCUAAAGACACGGGCCACAUGGACGACAUGCUACCAAUUACCUUCUUUGAUUUUGUUCAGUGUUUCCUGUUAAUCCUGGGGAUCAUACUGGUGGUGUGCGUCGUGAACCCCUGGGUAUUUAUCCCCCUCGUACCGCUGUGUAUCGUCUUUUAUGUCACGCGCACCUACCACAUCAAGACGUCCCGCCAUAUCAAGAGGCUGGAGGGCACAACGCGAAGUCCCGUGUUUUCCCACCUCAGUGCCUCCCUACAAGGUCUCCACUCGAUCCGUGCAUUCUCCAUUCAGGACAAGUUCAUGGAGGAGUUUGAUAAUCACCAGGACCUACAUUCUGAAGCCUGGUUCAUGUUCCUGUCCACGAGUCGCUGGCUCGCCGUCAGACUAGACUGGAUCUGUGCCAUGUUUGUCACUGUGGUGGCACUGUUAUCUGUCCUAAUGUCAAAAGACAUGGAUGCUGGGAAGGUUGGCCUGUCCUUGACCUAUGCCAUGACCUUGAUGGGUAUGUUCCAGUGGGCAGUUCGACAGAGUGCAGAGGUGGAAAAUCAGAUGAUCUCUGUGGAACGUGUUCUCGACUACUCACGGCUGGAGACAGAGGGCGAUCUAGAAUCAAAGAAGGGCCACAAACCUCCACCAGAGUGGCCACCGAACGGAGAAAUCAAGGGAACCAACGUAACCCUAAAGUACUCCAAAACUGGACCUCUUGUUCUCAAACAUCUCUCGUUCUAUAUCAAGGGACGCGAAAAGGUUGGCAUUGUGGGAAGGACAGGUGCGGGAAAGAGCUCCUUAAUAGCCAUGAUGUUUCGUCUCACAGAACAUGGUGGGAAUGUACUGCUUGACGGAGUCAACAUCCAGGAGAUUGGACUCCACGAUCUGCGCAAACAAAUCUCCAUCAUACCUCAGGAUCCUGUUCUAUUCACCGGCCCACUACGAAAAAACCUUGACCCGUUUUGUAACCAUGAUGACAAUCACCUUUGGAACGCUCUGGAGGAGGUACAGAUGAAGGUGGCUGUGGAGGACCUUCCCGGAGGACUCGAGGCAGAAGUGUCGGAGGGAGGCAUCAACUUCAGUGUUGGGCAGCGUCAGCUCAUUUGUCUGGCACGUGCCAUCCUCCGGAAGAAUCGUGUCCUGAUGAUAGACGAGGCUACAGCUAAUGUAGACCCAAGGACUGAUGAGCUCAUUCAGAAAACAAUCCGGGACAAGUUCCGUCAGUGUACCGUCCUCACAAUCGCUCAUCGUCUCAACACCAUCAUGGACUCUGACCGUGUUCUGGUGCUUGAUGAAGGCAAUAUUGUGGAGUUCGACCAACCAUAUCUACUUUUACAAAAUGAAGAAGGCAAUUUCUACCGGAUGGUUCAACAGACAGGCAAGACUGAAGCAGAUCACCUUCUGGAAGUGGCACGGGACUGUUACCAUGCUGAAAUCUCUUCCAUCAUUCCUGGUCUCGCCUCUGUACAUGACGACGAAAGAAAGUCCAAAGAGGAUAAACUCGGCAGCAAUUUACAACUGGAUGAUAGUGUGUUUGAUACUAGUAAGAUAAGUUUUGCAGAUGAUUCCGAUGAGGAGAAAAAGGAAGAAGUUCAGCUGAACCAUAUUGAUGCAUCAGUUGAAGAAAAUGCUGAAGAUGAUACAGUUGUAGAGGAAGAAAGUGGCAUCUGUAGUCCAAGUGCUCUCGAGUCUGAAGCCAUGUUUGAGUCUCAGCCUCUGUUGGUUGUGUCAGAUGCUGAGGAACAUUCACAAGCUGUUCAACUAGCAGAGAAUAAAAUCAAAGAUGAGGACGAUGACAACGAAGAGGAGGAAUCCAGUCAUCUACUACCUAAAGGGGCCAAUGGUAGCGUAGAGGAAAAUAACAUCAACACUCACCUAUAAUGUUGAGAGUAGUCCUAUAGAAACAUUAUCAUUAUCUAGUUUCAGUGCAUUGCUAUCAUAUGUUAAGGGAAAAGGUUGGUAGACAGCCAAGCCAUAUUAAUUCAGCCCUCAUCUUUCCAAGUUAAAAUGUAAAGUUUCUAGAUUAAUGUACAAUAUCUCCUAGCCUGACACUCAGGCCUACCAAUAUUUGCCAUGAAAAUUAUAUAUGACAGGGUGGGUAGUAGAAUUUUCUAAACGUGUCUGUAGGCUAGAACUCUUAAUAUAAAAGAAAGUCAUUCCAUGUGGGAAAUGUAAUUGGAAAAAUGGCAGUCUGUUUCCGAAAGUACUGACUAAGCAUGUGCAAUGAGACAAUGCAGAGAUGUGGUCGCUGGAUUGAUGUCACUUGUCUAUACAAAGUAAUACUUAACAAGCAUACCCUGCAGUUGUGAUAAAAACUUUUCCAGCAGCAGUUUGUACCUUUUAAUGUAUCACUUGUGAUAAAAGUAUUUGAUAUGUGAUUUACUUUCUUUGAGAGUAUAUCUAGGAGUUGUAAAAUGGUCACAAAAGUUGAACCUUGAAAUGUGUUUUAUAUUUGUUUAUUCUUAUUCAAUUGGGUUUUGUUAGUCUAGUUUAAAUUGUUAAGCCAUAUUUAGUGAAUUAUUUUACUUCCUUAUGUCUGGGGAUUCCCCAGAACUCGUUUCAGAAUUGAUGUUAAUUUUGGAUCCUUGAUCUCCUCUCCAGAGGAACUUCUUUAUUUAUUUGCACUGAACUUUCACAUUCUUGUCCAUGGCCUUAUUCAUCAUCUAAAUCCCCAAAAAAACACAUUAGUUACAAAACAUUUUGUCCAUUAUAAAAGUCAAUGGGGAAGAGAGUCUCAAAAUCUGGUGCAACAUAUUCAUCUACAGUACGGGAAAAUCUCCUUCAUGAGAAAGUGGUUAAACCGACUGUCUUUAUACCAUCAAACCUGUUUAUUGGACCACCACCAUUAAGUUACCAAGAUACUAUGGUACCUGUGUUAUGAGACCAAUUUUAACGUUGCCCAUUGUUGUGAUUCCAUUGUGAAAUAAACCUGUAUUUAAGAGACCUGGGCCCACUUGUAUAAAACAUCUCAAAGUUAAGGAAAAUCUCAAGCAAGUCUAUGGGAAAUCUUAGACUUGAGGAAAUCUCAAGAGUUGAGAUGUUUUAUACAAGUGGACCCUUCUACAGUAAGACACCAGCCUCAUGAGGGGCCAUCUGUGUUAAAAGACCGCUUGAAAUAAUUAUUUUGUAGUGAAUUCAUUGUGGAAAAAACCCUGCAUGAAGUGAUGGUCUCUUCCUACAGGUUUGGCUGUACAUGUAACAACAGCUAUGCAUAACAAUAGUUUCAUAUUCAAACCUGUGAGAGUCAAUAGCUAUAAAAAUGAAUGGCUGUGAAAAUGUCUACGUAUAGUAAGAAACCAUCAUGAUAGACCAAAACACAUUACCUCUUGUUUUACAGGUACCAAAGAGUUUGUCAAAUGAGGAUUUUCACAUGCACUUUCUGUAUACAAAUUUUUGUGGUUUGGGAAUUUUUCACUUUUACACAUUUGUUUUAUUACAUUCACCCCUGAAGACACAUUUGCACUCUUCCAAUUCAAAGGUUGGAAUAGUUCAUUAUGAAAUUUCAGUGGUGAAUGAGUUAAUACAUUGUAUUUGAGUGAAAAAUGCCUACACAAACAUCAUUGACAGGAUAAACUACCAUAGCAUUGCCAACUCCUAAACUAAAUUACGAGGAAUUGGAGCAAAUCAAAAUGUGAAAAUUUUUACACAAAUAUUUUCCCCUUAACAUAUUGGAUGAUAAGACAUGAAGGUAGCCACAGUGUGGGUAUAGUUCCAGACCAUAAUCUAGUUUUAAUCCAGUUAUUCAUUUGCAUUUACUGUCAACUACUACUUACAUACUGCUGACACACAGCAGUCAAUAGACUUUGAUCUUUUUCGGAGAGGCAUUUUUCUGAAACAUGUUUUCUGAUUUGACAGAUAUUUGAAGUAUUUCAAUAAGCAUUCAUUUGUAUUUACUUAUGACAAAAAUUAUCAUGACAGAUGCUGUGUGUUUGUUUCGGUGUUUUCAGAAUUAUGGGGUUCAAAUGUGAAAUGUGACAUUGUGAUUAAUGUGCUUGUGUUUAACAAUGUUGUUGAUAAGAGUGACGUUUUCUCGGACCUGUAGCGCUAAACAAUUGGUAAGAUUGUGCUGAAUGAAUGGAAAAUCUUGAUAGCUCUAAUCUAUAGUUGUAGGGAAUUGUUUAAAACUGAUAAUUUGUUAAUCAUAUUGUGUGUUAAGAUAAAUAAGUGAGCAAUCUUUGUUUAGAUACUGGGCAAUUAAUUAGGAUGAAUGUUUGAAGGAAACUGGGUCACCAGACCAUAUCCUUUCACGUACUACAAUAGAAUACACAUGGCCAAAAUUUUAAAGCGUUAUAUAUAUUAUCAUUAAAUUAAAUAUAAUGCAUAAACAGACAAAUUUUAUAUGAAUAUUAUAUAUCAUUAAUCAAAAUCAUGUGUCUAAGUUUAUAAUUCAAUUUUGAAGGUGUGUUAACUCACACCCCAAAUUUAUGUUCAUUUUAAUUCACAGACAUACAUAUUACAACAAUGCAGUGAAUAUUCAAUGUCCAUGUGAAUGCUUAAAAGGACAUCAAAGUGCCUUGUUUCCAAAGUCAAGUGAAGAGCUUGUGAUAUUGUGGAGUGGAGUGUUGGUAGUAGAAAUGAAGCUUUAGUUAUCCCCCUUUUUGUUAUAUUUAUGUAUUCUGUUGGUAAUUGAUUUGGUUGUGUUAAUACUAAAUAAAUUGUUUCCCUUGAUUCCUAUAUUCUCUGUAGUCAGUUAGUUAGACACGGAAAUUUAUACGGGUGAGUACAGUGGACCGUUGAUCAUCUAGACUCCGAUUAUCACAAAAAUAUGCUUUUAAACAGUGUUCUCUGGACAGUUUUUUCCAGGAACUGAUUCAUGUACCAAAUGUUUUGAAACCAAAAAUGUUCAUUAAUCAAUAUGCAAAAUUACAUGCAUUAUUGAAUGUUUUCUUUGUUUUUCAAAUGAAUUAAUCUGGAGAAUCAAUUAUUAAAGAUAAUAUUAUAGAAAUCUAAAGUAUCCAGACUAACAAGGUUCCAUUGUGUAUUAUUAUAUAAUUAAUUUACCAUGUACAUGUGCCAUACAGCAUCUCAUUGUACAGAAACUGAUCAUUUCUUACUCCAUAUUACCUGGAAAAAAAGGAUAACAUUUUAGUUAACCUAAUGUCAUAUUUUCUUUCAUUGUAACAUUUUGUUUUUUGAUAAUAUUACAAUUUCCUUUCAUAUAUAAUAUUUUAAAAAAAAUCAUUUAAGUUGAUCAUUUGCUGUUAAUGAAAGAAAAAUGAUGUUAGUAAAUGUUAUGAUGUUCUCUAUAUGAGAAUUGUGUUCCCUUUAUAUUCAUGAGCUACAUUCUCGUAUCCCGGUUGAAACGGUUCAGGUGGCGCAGAAAUAUUCCACAAUAAACGAACGAACUUUGAUCGUUCUAUUAAGGCAGAGCUAAAAAAUGCAGUUUCGGAGAAUAAAUAACAAUAUUAGCACAAAUGAUUCAAUACUAUGAAAUAUGCUAUAUAAUUUAUGUUUUAAAUGUCUCCAAAUUUCUCACGAAUUCAGAGAAAAAAUCUCACUAUUUUUGACCAAA